UAAAGAUAUAUUUUAAAAAAAUAAAUAAAUUGUGGCAUUUCUACAGUUGUUUUCUAUAAAGAAUUUUGAAGACAGAUUAUUUUAAACAAUAGUUUCCUAUGUGGUGUAUUUACCAUGUAAUGUUUAUUGAUUGAUUGAAAAUGGGCUUAAAAUUCUGCAGGAGGUGUCCUCCUUCAUUGUUAAUGGUGUACUAUAAGAGUGCAUUUUGAGUAUUUGGAAUAGUUUUAGGUCUUAGAAAGAUUUAAUGUAUGGCUAGUAUUUUUUCAUUUGACAACAGAAUUUACUUUGAAAUUAUCCACCUUUCUCUGGGAAAGGGUGAACCCUGUUGUCUUUUUAAUGUAUGGCUAAUUUUCAUGAGUGUCUCAAACAUAACUGAUCUAAAGUCACGUGGCUGGGAGAGAAGUGAAGAAAGGUUUCUUCAAGCUGUAUUCCUUUCCGGCCCUCACUCCUGACUCCUUUACGUGGUAAACCUGUUGAUGGCAAUUUUGCUGACUGUGGAGGUAACUCAUCCAAACUCAAUGCCGUCUGUCAACAUUCAGUAUGAAGUCAUUGGCAAUUACUAUUCAUCUGAGAGAAUGGCAGAUAAUGCCUGUGUUCUUUUUGCCGUCUCUGUUCUUAUGUUUAUAAUCAGUUCCAUGCUGGUGUAUGGAGCAAUUUCUUAUCAAGUGGGCUGGCUUAUUCCAUUCUUCUGUUACCGGCUCUUUGACUUCGUCCUCAGUUGCCUGGUUGCUAUCAGUUCUCUCACUUACUUGCCGAGAAUCAAAGAAUAUCUGGAUCAAUUACCGGAUUUUCCCUAUAAAGACGACCUCCUCGCGUUGGACUCCAGCUGCCUGCUGUUCAUCGUCCUUAUGUUCUUUGUCUCGUUCAUCAUUUUCAAGGCUUAUCUGAUCAACUGCGUUUGGAACUGCUAUAAAUACAUCAACAACAGAAACACCCCAGAGAUUGCUGUGUACCCUGCCUUCGAAGCACCUCCACAGUAUGUUUUGCCAACCUAUGAAAUGGCAGUGAAGAUGCCUGAAAAAGAGCCACCACCUCCUUACAUACCGGCCUGAAGACAUUCUGCCUUUGUCAAUAAACCCUAUACCAGCUUCUUGUCUUGUUUAUUUACAGAAUGCUGCAACACAGGGCUCUUCAGACUCAUUUGAUAUAAACUCCAUUUUCUUUCGUGUAAGCAUUUAUUUUCAGACACUAACAAGCUUUUUGGACAUCUAUUAAAAGAUUUUUUGGUUAAGUCUUAUAUUUUAGUAGUUUUUGAAGACAAUCUAGGUUAAGCAGCAAGAGCAAAGUGCCAUUGUUUGCCUUAUUUAGGGGGUGGGAAGGGUGUGCUCUACACAUUGUCUUUUUUAACUUUGCACUUCCUUUGCAUUUUGGUUAUUUGCUGCCCUGGAUACUUUCAGGAGGAAUGAAUACAGUAUUCAGGGUGAGUGAAUUAGGUAUAAGAUCUGAAGUUUUGAGCUAUGUAAACAGGAACAAUAUAUCACAUGUUAACGACUGGGAGAUGACGGUUGCAUGUGUCUAAUUUGUAUGUUUCCAUUUUGUGAUAAGAUGCUUUAAUAAAUUUCUUAAAAUUUA